CCCAGUUACAGCGAUUGUGAGAGUCUCGCCACCAUCUUUAAAAAGAGCCGGGGGUAAAUUGUCUGGGCCGGGAGCCUUAUAGCGUUUCAACACGUGGAGUUCCCCACGGACUUCCGCUUCGGUGGGUGGGUCAGUACUAACCGACCAAGGAGCACUGGGGCUAAUGACAGUAGACACUGAAGCUGGUGGUGGCCAGCUAAACUGUUUCCCGAAGUGCUCUGCCCAGCGUUCCAGGCGUCUUUUCAAGCUGGUAAUUGGCAUGCCAUCCGCCUCACAGACCGUCUCGCUGACACCUUGUUUCUUGGUGCCGGUGGCUCGUAUGAGUUGGAACAGCUUCCGACUGUUGCCAGAUGCAGCAGCUGACUACAUGUCACACGCACAUUCUGACCACCAGGCUUCGCGGUCCUCACGUAAACACUGUCUAAUCUUGCGCGUGGGCACCUUUCGCUUAUUGUUGUAUUCCCUGCCAGCCGGAAUGGACCGGCGUUCAUCCAGGAGUUGCAAGAAACUCGCAGAAACCCAGUGGUUUUUAGCGGAGCAUUCUUUCAAGCCGCAAGCGGCUACACUCGCCCUUUGCACGGCACCUUGCACAUGAAGCCAAUAUUCAUAUAUACUACUUGGGGGGUUGCUGGAGAGCAUUGAUUGUAACUCAUUCUGAUAUUUCAAAGAAGUAGCAGGUGCUACUAGUUUGCUCACAUCAACGUUUAAACAACGCCUUUAUGAACCCCACCACCAAAUCCCAAGACGAACUUGGCACACACUAACGCAUGAUCGGAGUCCAGGCAAGUGCUCCAGAAGGAGCGACAGUCUUGUAUGCAUCCUCGCCACCGGAAACUGACAGCAAUAUGAUAAAUCUGAGUUCAAGCUUGCUUCGCAGAGGGAGGACGCCAGGUAGCGCUACGGCGAUGGCUGUUCCGGAAGUUGGUCUGGCUAGAAAUAGGUUGUGAUCCGCGC